GGACGGGACCUCCCACAGGUGAAGAUGGGGCCAGGAAACCACGGUGGCGUUGCAAGUUUUCCAUCCCCGGUCUGAGGACGCGCUGCUCGGCUGCUGCUGCUUUGUGGUGGACACUUCGGAACUUAACCACAACAAUUCAAAAACAGAAAACCUUCUUCGCUGAAGUUGCAAGAUGUCCGUUGCAGGAUUUAAGAAGCAGUUCUACAAAGCCAGUCAGAUGGUGAGUGAGAAGGUUGGAGGUGCUGAGGGAACCAAACUGGAUGAAGACUUCAAGGACCUCGAGAGGAAAGCCGAUAUUACCAGCAAAGCGGUGGUGGAAAUCCUCAAUAAAACAACAGAGUACCUCCAGCCCAACCCGGCGACGAGAGCUAAGCUUUCCAUGGUCAGCACGGUGUCCAAAAUGCGCGGGCAGGGGAACGGUCCUGGCUACCCUCAGCCGGAGGGCCUCCUGGGGGAGUGCAUGACAAAGUAUGGACGAGAUAUGGGCGAGGAAACCAACUUUGGUGGGGCUCUCACGGAUAUUGGCGAAUCAAUGAAAAGGAUGGCUGAGGUCAAGGACUCGCUGGACAUUGAUGUGAAGCAGAACUUUAUUGACCCGCUGCAGGCAGUCGCUGAGAAGGAUAUCAAAGACAUUCAGUACCAGCUGAAGAAGCUGGAAGGCCGUCGUCUCGACUACGAUUAUAAGAAGAAACGCCAGGGUAAAAUCCAGGAUGAAGAGAUCAGGCAAGCCCUGGAGAAGUUCCAUGAGUCCAAGGAGACGGCUGAAGCCUCCAUGUACAAUCUGCUGGAAACAGAUGUGGAGCAGGUGAGUCAGCUGUCUUCUUUGGUGGAGUCUCUGCUGCAGUACCAUAAACAAGCUUCAGAGAUCCUGGAGGAGCUUACCGGCAAACUGAGAGAAAGGGUGAAUGAAGCUCAAUCUCGUCCAAGACGGGAAUACACACCCAGACCCAGACCAUCGUAUGACUAUGGAGAGGUGGAAGAAUCUAAUGGAGGAUACGCGCCAGCUGCAUCAAGCCCUCCAGCUUACUCUCCCGCCCCUGCACAAUAUCCACGUCCAUCCUACCAAAGAUCCUCCAGCAAGAGCCGACCGACUGAGCCCUGCUGUAAAGCUCUGUACGACUUUGAGCCGGAGAACGAAGGAGAGCUGGGCUUCCACGAGGGCGACAUCAUCACCUUGGUCAAUCAAAUCGAUGACAACUGGUUUGAGGGAGCCAUUCGAGGCAGAAGUGGAUACUUCCCUAACAACUAUGUCGAAGUGAUGGUGCCUCUGCAACACUGAAAACAACAACGCGAGAGGGAAGUGGCAAGACGGAGAGGAUAAACAUGGGGGAUGGUAGUGGAUCAUCAACUCUCUAUAACCAAAACAUACUUAAUCUUUAUUUUAAUUAAAGGGUAAACCAAGACAAGGGCCUAAUUUGAACCUAGAAGGUAUUAGAAAAAAUAUAGUUUUUUUUCUUUUUCUUUUUUUUGUCAAGCUUUGCAGUUUUUACGGCGAAAGGGAAGUUCAGUCAAAAAAUGACACCACAAUGUGAGCACUCACCGUAUCCUGAGUAUUUACAGUCAUUCCCAUGCACCGGUGCACUUUCUACACUACACCUCCAUCACUGGGACUGAUGAGGCAAGAUCAUGAGAGAAUAACAUCUUAAUGUUUAGCUGUAUUCACAAACACUAAGAAGUGCAACUCUUCUUCCUAUAUUUCUUACCGAUUUUAUACUCACAAGAUGAUGUACUACGUAUUGUUAAUAUUGGUACUACACGCAUGCAUGUAGAGCUUUGUCUUCAUGGACUAGUUUGAGUCAACAUGGAGGACUGGCUGGCCUCUGUCCACGUCUUUCCUCCGCUGCCAUCUAGUGGUUCGAAGGAUCACUCUCAGCUAUUGGUUUGAGUGCCGUUGUAACGCAGCCACUAUCGCUUUCCUAAUUCACCUUAGGUGUGGUGUGUAUGUGUGGAUUUUCUUAUCUUGAAAAUAGCUCUACCCAGUCCACAGGUUGACUGACCUCUGUAACAACUUGUUUUUUCAUUCCUACACCACCGCCAAUCAGAUUACCUCUUUGGCAGCUCUGCAAACCUCAGAAGUUUGAGACCAAAAUGUUGUUUUACAGGCUAUUUUUUUCUAUAAAUAGGCUUCACUUUACAAUCUUUUAACACAUCAAUUGUUGUUACUUUGUUAAUAAUUUACCGACCGCAGUGUUUCUCACUGCUUCUCCACUCUACUCGUGGACGAGACAACAGUGGUUCGGUCCCAUGCAUGUGCAACUCAUUUUACAAAUACAAAAUUAAGGUAACGCAUGCAAACAAACUUUCCUUUUUAUACUACAUUUUAAAGAAGAACCUGACUUUGGUUUCCAUUGGAGUAUAACACACAAAAAUGUAACAUGAUUCUAUCCCACCUCAAAUAUUUUGCAGCAUUAAACCAAAGCCAUAAGCCCCCUUCAGUUCCUCUAUUUUCUCAGGCUGUAUUGAUACUGCAGGCAGUGUCACGCACAAUGUUUUCUUGGGCUUUUUGACCCAGCUGUUUCACAAUGAAUUUUGGUCUGUUUUUGUUUCCCCCCCCCCUCUUCCAUCGUGCUGAGGCAAGCAUGUAAAUGAAUCUGAUGUGUUUUGUACCUGCCUCCGUUUUCAGGCUGAGAUUGUGCUCCAGACCAAACAGAAAAUACUGCAUAACUAUCACCAAACAAUUGUGUGCGCCAUUUACUAAUAAUGAUGAAGGCGUCUGCACAAUAGCCUGUUUCAGUUUCAAUUAAGCUUGUUGUUCACUAAAAUACCAAACUUUCUCUUCCCGUCAUGAUCCCCCGCCACCCCACCCGACUCAUCUCUCCCAUCUCUGUUUGUACCGGGAGCGGAACAGACAGGUCUUUUCAGAAGGGAGGCUACCAGCAGUGGAUUAUGCCCUCCCUCCCCCAGUGGUCUUUAUCCACCACCUGCCCCCCGUUCCCCCACCCCCUUUCUCAUUAUCCGCCCCAUCCCAAUCCCAUGGUGUCUCUGGGAGCCUCCCGGUCCGCAAUGAUAAUGUUCUUAUUUUUUUUUCAUAGUCUCUUGCGUGUUAUCUUUGCAUGUGCUGAGCCGUAGCUGUGAGGUUCAGGUGUGGGUUUACGUAGAUCAUUACACUAAAUCAAUAGCCAUGACUUUUAGAGGGGAGAAUAGGGUCAGGGGUCCAGCUGGAGCUAUUAUGCAGCUUGUAUAAUAUUGAUGAUGAAUAAUGUUGUCGUGCAAAACGCUAAGAUCAAUUUUUGUGUGGCGCUGCUGUCACAUAUGCAGUAGCGGUCUGAAUAGCGUGGUUGACAUUUAUUGCAACACGACAUUCUGUGAUCAACUAUGCAAUAAUGAUGAGUAUUAUCUGACUUUUAAGCUUUAUUUUAUUAAUCUGAAUUUUCUAUGUAGAAUUGUCUUCAUUACAGCCUGUGUGUCUUACACAAUGUCUUAUUUUUUGUAACUGUGACACUGCGGGGAGGCUAAAAGUGGGAUUAUCCUGGAUUAGUUUUAGGAGAUAUGUAGUGUGUAAUCAUCUGUGUUGUAUACGUUUGUUACCAUGUAAAGGGGAUGGAUUCUGCGUUCACUUCUUCAAAUAAAUAUCAAGAAUAUUAA